UGCAGCUGUGAGGAGACUCAGAUGAGAUGCUGCCGAGCUGCUGGACCGCCGUGCUGCUGCUGCUGUCGGCCAGGAGUCGAGCUCAGAGUGGAGACGGAGACGGAGACGGAGACGGAGACAUGGAGCCCAGAGUCAGGUGCACCUCUCACAUCCUGACGACAGGAAGCAGUCUGAGCUGUAAACUGGUGGGAGGCAGCAACGACGACGAGGAUGAUGAAGACGAGGAGGCUGAUGGCGUAGGGAACAUGACAGUGUGCUACUUUGAUUUCAGUCAGAAGAAAGCGAAGUGCUUGGAGGCGUUCGGGGACACCGUCAGCUCCAGAAAUCUGAAUCCCAUCCUUCAGUUGAAUGUGACCGUCCACCUGAAGAGAGGAGGCCGGAUUUCAACCACAGUCGACCUGAAGAAAAUAGUUCAGCCCGAAUGUCCUCAGGUGAAGAACGUGACUUUCGAUGAGGACCAGGCUGUGAUCCGCUUUGAGACUCCGUACCUCAAUGAAUACAUUAAAGUAGACAACCAACUCUUCCAGCUGCACAUCUGGACCGCCGGCAGAACAAUAACUCAAAACGUCUCAUCAGAGAUUCUGGAGAUCAACAUGGAGCACCUCAAAAAACACACCAAGUAUCACGUGAAAGUGAGGGCGAUCCCGAUGAACGGUCUGCAGGGUUUCUGGAGCGAGUGGAGUGAAACUUUCAAUUUCUCCACUCCGGCUGCUGAGAACCAGCCAGACCCAUUCAUCUCUUUGUCUCCAGCGGAAGAAGGCACGAUUCAGACGGACAUACUGAUCGUGUGUCUCGUCAUUUUGGUGGUGGUGCCUUCAAGUGUUGUUAUCUUCUGCAAAAACAAAAUAUUUACGUACAUGUGGCCGAGGAUCCCUCACCCCAAACACACUCUGGUGCAGAUCUGCAAGACAAAUAAAGGCCUCCUAUUGAACUUCAAACCGGAGGAGUUCAGUGCCCUCAAAGUGGAGAAAACAGAGAAUCAGUCGUUUGAGGAAACUGAGCCUCCGAUGGAAGCUGAAGCUGCUGACCACGACAACGACCGCUCGAGUCCUGCCUGCUCCACCCAGAGCUCCGACGGCUGCAUGAGCAACACCAGCGUCAGCACCGAGGAGUCCACCCUGCUGAGCAGGAGCUCCUCCGACGGAGAGGACCUCCGGCUCGGGGAGAGACCUCCCACACCUCAGCCUGAAGGCAGCAGUGGAGGAAAUGAGGCGGAGGCUUACGUCACCAUGUCCAGUUUCUAUCAGAUUAAGUAGGUCAGGAGGAGGAAUAGUGAUGGACGGACAUUUAUUUUAUUUAUCAAACGUUCCCUUCAGAAGGCUCUGAAUCUGUGGUUUUCAACCUGGAGGUCAAGACCCCACAGAAGACCAAAGAUACAUCUCAGGGUCCACUAGAUCAUGAAAUGUGUGAGAAGGAAAUUCAAAUCUUGUUUUUUAGCGACGUGGACCUAAUGUCAGUCCGUCCACCACUUUGAUCCAGAACUAUCUCAGGUAUUGGAUGGAUUUCCAUGAAAGUUUUCACAGACUUCAACUUUGUCCAGAGGUUUAAUCCUACUGACGUUGACUCCUCCAUGACAUUGAAAUGCUUUUUUACAGAAAUAUCUAAAGAAUAUUUUGGACGGAUUGCCUUGACAUUUGGUACCAAUAUGAGUCCAGAGCAAUGAAUCUAAAUGACUUUGGUGAUCCUCAACCCUUUUUCUCUAGCGCCACCAGCAGGUCAAAGUUCAUUUUAAAUGACCACUAUAAUGUCUGCUCCACUCCUUCAAUAUCUAACCCACUUAAAAACGUUGAGGGACUUUUUAAAGACGGACUAUUUUCAAAGUCUGUGCAGCAGAAAUGUCGUUAAUAGCUUUUAUUAUUACGUCUGCGAGUAAUAGUGGAUUUUAAGUCCAGAAUGUAACAUGUAGCCGUUUGCUAACUUUGGGCUGAUGACCCAGAGGUUUUGAAAUGUAGCUGUUUGUGUUUAUUUGUGGAAUUUGAUGCCUUAUGAUUAUAUCAAUUAUAUUUUCAUCAUAUCUCAUACAUUGUAUACUGACAUACCUCCUCAUGGUGUUGUUGGAGGAACCUUAGGAGACCAUACCAGUGUUUAUGUAUGUUUUACUACAAAUCACAGAUUACAAUCUCCCAGGCAGCCCAUUGGUUAAAAGGUCAGUUAAUCUUUUAGCUGACAUUUAGAACCACCUAAAACAUCCCUCCAUCCUCCUAACUGUCCCUUAGAACCUCCUAAAGGAUCCUUAAGACCUCCUAACUGUCCCUUAGAACCUCCUAAAGGAUCCUUAAGACCUCCUAACAGACCCUUAGAACCACCUAAAGGAUCCUUAAGACCUCCUAACAGACCAUUAGAACCACCUAAAGGAUCCUUAAGACCUCCUAACAGACCCUUAGAACCACCUAAAGGAUCCUUAAGACCUCCUAACAGACCCUUAGAACCACCUAAAGGAUCCUUAAGACCUCCUAACAGACCCUUAGAACCACCUAAAGGAUCCUUAAGACCUCCUAACUGUCCCUUAGAACCACCUAAAGGAUCCUUAAGACCUCCUAACUGUCCCUUAGAACCACCUAAAGGAUCCUUAAUACCUCCUAACAGACCCUUAGAACCACCUAAAGGAUCCUUAAGACCUCCUAACUGUCCCUUAGAACCACCUAAAGGAUCCUUAAGACCUCCUAACUGUCCCUUAGAACCACCUAAAGGAUCCUUACAUCCUCCUAACUGUCCCUUAGAACCUCCUAAAACAUCCCUACAUCCUCCUAACUGACCCUUAGAACCACCUAAAGGAUCCUUAAGACCUCCUAACUGUCCCUUAGAACCACCUAAAGGAUCCUUAAGACCUCCUAACUGUCCCUUAGAACCUCCUAAAACAUCCCUACAUCCUCCUAACUGACCCUUACAACCACCUAAAGGAUCCUUAAAACCUCCCUUAGAACUUCUUCAGUGGACACUAGAAUCCCGUAUAGAGCUACUACUCCUCGGUGACCACAAGAACUCCGUAGACGACCACAACAACCACACAGAGUAACCCUAGAAAGGCCACCUAAAGGGCCACUUGAUCAACUUCAAGGACUUCUAGAACCUCCUCAAAGAGAACCUAAACCAACCAAUCUCAGAACCCAUUGACCAAGACUUCCUCUUCCGUGCGCUGCUCAUUGUUUACAGUCUGAUUAACAACUGGAGAUGAGAGACUGGAGUUUAGAGACUGUUUACCAGCAUUCAACCAAAGCCUGCUCCAACAUGCUUGGUUUAAACUACUCUAAGUACAGAAUGCUUCCGAUACCAAAACCCUGCCCGGUUUCCUACAGAUUCUGUAUAUGUAUGAAGAGAUUAUAAACCACCUAAAGGACCACCUACUAAAAAAAUAUCUUCAGAACCACCAUGAGGGUCCCAACAAUCCCCUAAAGGACUUCUAGAACCUCCUUACUGUGAGAUUAAAGCACAUCCUUAACCUGUGAGGGUGUUGAUCCUCCCAAAGCCUCCAGAACUGUUUCAGAGCUGGUUGUCAAAGAUAGAAACCUUUCAGUGAAAAGAACAUCUGUUCAGUGUGUUUCAUUUAUUCAGGAUAAUGAUUUGUGCUAAAACAUACAUAAACACCAGUGAGGUCCUUCAAAAGAAAGCUGCUCUUAUCUGCACUUAAACUGUUAGAGAACUAAAACUGUUGUAGUCGUUCAUCAACAGGCUCUUCUUACUGUCGUAACGCACUCGGCCCACAUUCAUACAGGUGAGAGGAGUGUGUUGCUGCUGUUAACUGAACACAAUGCUGCCUCUUAAUAUAUCUGACACAACCUACACCUCAUGUUUCCACCGGCUGAGAUAAAUACACAGAAUGUACGCUUUGUUUUCUCAGAUAUCUGUAAUAUGUUACUCCAGAUUCAACUGUAGCUACUAAAUAUUCUGUAUAUACUACAUGCUAAUGUCUGAUUGUACCUGUACCAAUGUUUUUUUUAUUCAAACAAAGCAUGUGGUGUUGCAUAUCAACGAAAAUCAAUAAAAGAGA